AUGUCCUGCCAAUCACUAGAUCCCUCAAGCGGCAUAUGCUUCGGCACCAGCAACAACAUCACCUUACUCCUCCAAACCUUCAAAAACUGCUGCAGCCUCGCUCCCAUCGUCCAGUACUACGACACUUACGGAUGCAGUGCUUAUUGUCCCAUCAUGCCCGACCGCCGAACAGGCGAAUCGCUCCGGGAUUGCAUUGCUGAUGCUCUGGGGACUGGAUCGUGCUAUGCACCACUUGAUAAACCUGCUGCUCCAAGCGUUAUUGCGCGAGCCAGCGCCGCUGCUAAAGAGCCUGUUUGCUCGGUUUGCGCUGCUACAGCUGCGACAUCGACAACUGGGGCUGCUGUUCGGAUGUAUAGUGCUGAUACGGUUUCAUGGAAGACUGGACUGACCAUCGGGGUUGUAUUAUUUACUGGAAUGUUCGCUGGGGGGUAUUUGAUCUAA